AUUAUUCUAUGGCAAAAGAUUCCAACAAGUGUUUUCCCACCCAUGAAAGCAAAGUUGAUGGGCAAACACUUGUGUGUUUUCCCACAAGUCAGAAAGGAAGCAAAGCCAUCAAGAUAAUAGCUUAGAUGCUACUCAAGAUAACAUCAAAAUAAUAGCUUAGAUGCUGCUCAAGAUAGCAUCAAGAUAGCUUAGAUGCUACUCAAGAUAGCUUAGAUGCCACUCAAAGAAUCUGUUCUGUUAUAGUUAGGAGGAAAGAAUUACUUGCAAGGUCCGGAAGCGAAGUGAGAGAUUUGAUAUCCUCAUUUAUCUUGUUCAUAACUUGGUCCACAAAUCGCACCAUCCUAAUUCCUUUCUUCCCAAAUCAAUCGGAGAGACUCUUUGCAGCCUGGAGUAAUGGCUCAGGUGCUUCUCUCAGCCUUGCUAUCGGUGGUGGUGAAGAAGACAACCGACCAUGUUCUCCAACAGUUUGGAGUGAUGUGGGGCAUCCAAAAGAAGCUAAAAAAGCUGGAAAGAAAUCUGUUGGCAAUCCAGUCCAAACUUGGAGAUGCAGAGGAGCGACAAGUCAAGGAUGCGGCUGUGAAGAGCUGGUUGGGGGAUCUGAAGGAUGCAGCCUACGAAGCAGACGACAUCCUGGAUGAGUUCAAUGUCGAAGCAAUGCGGCGGAAGGCAGAGAUUCAGGUUGAUAUGACAAAAAAGGUGCGCAGCUUCUUUUCUCUUCAUAAUCCAGUUUGGUUUCGUUUUAAGAUGGGGCGAAAGUUGAAUGCUAUUGUUGAAGAAAUAGAGAAUCUAGUAGAGGAGGGAAAUAAAUUUGGUUUCAAGGUCGAAACCCAACCACAAACGAGGGACAGGCCACAAACUUACUCCUAUGUUGAUGAGUCAGAGGUCAUUGGUAGGGAGGAAGAUAAAGAAAGAAUAGUGAAGUUGCUACUGGAUCAUGAUACCAACCAGAAUGUUGCAGUCCUUCCCAUAGUUGGGAUGGGGGGUUUGGGUAAGACCACACUGGCCCAAUUGAUUUACAAAGAUGAGAGGGUGGAGAAACAUUUCCAGCCGCUCAUAUGGGUCUGUGUGUCGGAUGAGUUCCAUGUUGAGAAACUUGCUAAAGCAGUAAUAGCUUCAGCCACAGGGAAAGAGUGCGAGCUAUCAACCAUGGAGUUGUUACAACGCCGCCUUCGAGAAGUUGUAAGUGGGAAGAGGUACUUACUUGUAUUAGAUGAUAUUUGGAAUGAGGAUCAGGCAAAGUGGGAUCAGCUAAGAACUUUACUAGAAACUGGAGGAGAAGGGAGCAGGAUUGUUGUGACCACACGAAGUGAGCUGGCAUCGUCGAUAAUGGGUACCCUCGGCCCUUAUCGCCCAUCGUAUUUGACUGAGGAUGACUCCUGGGCAUUGUUUAGAAGGAGAGCAUUUGAAGGGGGAGCAGAAGAGCCUCAAAAUCUCGUAAACAUCGGCAAGGAGAUUGUCAAGAAAUGUGAUGGGUUGCCUCUGGCAGUGAAGACACUGGGGGGCUUAAUGCAUUCCAAGAGCCAGGAAUGGGAAUGGUUGUCCGUGAGGGAUAGCGACAUUUGGGAUCUGCAGGUCGGUGAAGAUGGGAUAUUGCCAGCACUAAGGUUGAGCUACAGUGAUUUGCCUUCCCAUUUAAAACAAUGCUUUGCUUUUUGUGCCAUAUUUCCGAAGGAUUAUGAGAUGGAAAAGGAUGUGUUGAUUCAACUAUGGAUGUCCAACGGAUUCAUUCCAACCGAUGGAAGAAAGGAGUUGGAGGACAAAGGGCAUGAGAUUUUUAAUGAGUUGGCUUGGAGAUCUUUCUUUCAGGAUAUCAAGGGAGCUGAGGAGCGGUAUCCUUUCUCACCCUGGCGUGAACUUUAUUAUAACACAACAUGCAAGAUGCAUGACCUCAUGCACGAUCUGGCACGAUCCAUUAUGGGGAACGAAUGCCUGGACCCUGCCAGGCGGGAAGAUAUAUCUCAGAAAACCCGUCACUUGUGUACAUCUAGGAAAGUUCAAUUGAAUAAUUAUCCAAAUAUUCGCACUCUCCAAUGCAGGGGACUCUCUGCUAGCAUUCCUGCAAGUUCGUCCUUGAGAGCAUUGGAUCUACAUUGUAGUGAUAUCACACGGCUGCCUCUUCCACUUGGAUAUUUGAAACAUCUGAGAUACCUCAACCUCUGUGGUACCGAUAUUGAGGCAUUACCGGAUGCCACCAGCACACUUUUCAAUCUACAAACUUUAGAACUCUCUGCCUGCUGGAACCUACAUAAGCUGCCCGAAGACAUGAGAAAUAUGAGUAGCCUGAGGCAUCUCUACAUUGACAGAUGUCCUAGUCUGAAGCAGCUGCCAGCAGGUAUCGGGCAAUUGAGCAGCCUGCGAACAUUGACCAAAUACAUCGUAGGCAAUGAUGAUGAAAGGCGUAUUGGUGAGUUGAAUAGCUUAAAUCUCGGUGGCCUUCUAGAGCUGUAUAACCUGAGGAAUGUGAGGGAUGCAGCAGAUGCUAAAAAAGCUAAUCUUAGUUCCAAACAAAACCUUAGCUCAUUAAUAUUAUGCUGGGAUUUGAGUGAGUGGGAUCUCCCAGGCUAUACAAAAGGUGCUGAAGAUGAUUUGCCAGCAACAAAUGCUGAAGAGGUGUUGGGAGCCCUUAGACCUUAUGGUGGCUUAAAGCUGCUGACAGUAUGGUGCUACGGGGGUGGCAGCUUUCCAAUGUGGAUGAUGGACUCUCUAUUGCUGCAAAAUGUAGUUGAAAUCCAUCUAGGAGUUUGCACAAGAUGUCAACAUCUCCUGCCUUUGUGGCAGCUACCUUCUCUCAAAUUUCUCAACUUGUUUAACAUGCAUAACGUCAAGCACAUUUGCGGCAGCACCAUCUAUAGCAAUGCAAGUAAUGGCACAGUGCGAGCAUUCCCCUCACUGAAAACACUGGCGUUGGAUACGAUGCAGAGCUUGGAGAAGUGGUCAGAGUUUGAAGGAACUGCAGAGGUCACGUUGGUUUUCCCUCACCUUGCUGAGCUUGAGAUCAUUAAUUGCCCAAAUUUGAAGACCAUGCCAGAGCUACCAUCUCUCCAAAGUUUAGUAAUGAACCGUAGUCUGACGACACUCUCUUCCCUUACUUCUCUCCUCACUUUGAGGAUAAAAUAUUGUGAUGAUCUGGUCUACUGGCCGGAGGGCCUGAAAUCACUGAAGAAGUUAAGUAUCUGCGAUUGCAACAAGUUGGUUGGCCCGUCACCUUUGCCAUUAUCCCCGUCAUCAUCAGGGGAUGGAGAGCUCCUACCAAUCCUGGAAGAGCUGGAUAUUAUAAAUUGUAAUGGUCUGCUGGAAUUGCCCAAGUUGCCUGCUUCCCUCAGAUCACUGAGUGUUGACAGCUGCCCCAAAUUGAAUUUCUUGACGGAAGCCCUGCGACUCCUACCAAACCUGGAAGAGCUGAAUAUUACAUAUUGUGAUGGUCUGCUGGAAUUGCCCAAAAUGCCUGCUUCCCUCAGAUCAUUGUGUGUUAACAGCUGCCCCAAAUUGAAUUCCUUGACGGAAGGCCUGCGACACGUACCAAACCUGGAAGAGCUGUAUAUUAAACAUUGUGAUGGUCUGCUGGAAUUGCCCAAGUUGCCUGCAUUCCUCAGAUUACUGAAUUUUGACUCCUGCCCCAAAAUAAAUUCCUUGACGGAAGGCCUGCGACAUGCCACUUCCCUUCAGAGUGUCAGCAUUUCAGAUUGCCCAAGCCUGACUUCUCUGUCGAUAGAUCUGGGGCACCUAACAACACUCAAGAAGAUGGAUAUCAGGAAGCUUCAUGGCUUGGAAUCUUCGCCACAAGGGCUGGGACACCUCGCUGCACUCGAGUCUCUAAAGAUCAGCAGUUGCAGCAAAUUGUCAUCUCUGCCAGAAGAGAUGCAGGGCCUCACUGCCCUUCAGGAUCUGUCUAUUAGCCAUUGCCCUCGGCUGUCAUCACUCCCAGAAGGUCUUCAACGACGACUCCCCGGCCUUCGAUAUCUGCUCAUUAAAGGGUGCCCCAACCUAGAGAGACAGUGCAAGAGAGGAGGACCGUAUUGGGACCUCAUCUCACGCAUCCCAAUUACCGAAAUAUCAUCUGAGAGGAGGAGCAACUUCAACACAUUCCUUCCUUCCUUUUCUUGCUUUAGAAGACCAUCUACAGCUUAAUGUUAUCCCAGUCCUUUCCAGUGAUGUUUUCUCACAAACUUUGGCACUUCUCUGGUUAAUAUGGAAGGAGGAAAAAGAAUGGAGUUAAAAGAGUAUUUUCUUGGAAGAGGGCAGCCAUGAAGGCCUUGAUGUUUUCUUGCCACUCUUUGGCAUUUUUCUGGGCAGUGAAUUAGUAAGCUUCAAGAGAAACAGAAGCUGAAUUCCUUGUUACUGGCACCUCUGUUUCUGAUAUUGGGCACAGAUACUAGAUAGAUGAUCCUAGAGGUAAAAUCUACAGGGUAGAUUGCAUGACAAUUCCUCUCCUUUUUGUGUCCUUUAUAUAUUUCAGGAAAUGUAGCUUUGCUGCUCCCUAGAAGUUACUGCUAUUUGUUCUGUUUUCUUUGGGGUUUGUUUCUAUGCCUACACCUCUAUUGCAUGUAAUUCAAUUACAGGUUGCAAUUAGAAAUGCUGCAAUUGAAGUUGUUGUUGUGAAAACUGUUUCUAUUUGAUUUUUAUAUAUUUGAAAAUUGUAAAUACAAUUGCAGCUAUUUGAUCGUAUAAUGUUGUAA